GAUCAAUAAUGUGGAGGCGUACUGCACCUCUACUGUUAACCCUUGUUUGUUUACAAACAAUACACGCUUCUCCAUUCUUUUUCCCAAAAGGGGAAAGUGACAACCAAGGAUAUGGCGCUCCAAAACCAAGUUAUGGGGCUCCAAAACCAACCUACAAUGCUCCAAAACCAACCUACAAUGCUCCAAAACCAACCUACAAUGCUCCAAAACCAAGUUAUAAUGCUCCUCAGGAUUCAGGGUUUAAGCUCCCUAAGCUUCCAAAGUUCCCAAAGUUUGAACUUCCAAAUAUGAAUUUUGAUCUCCCAAAAUUCUCUCUUCCCAAACUGCCAAAAAUCCCUAAGCCUGACUUCAAGCUUCCUAGUCUCCCGAAAUUCCCAAGUCCCUCUCGCCCGAGCUAUAACGCACCUCAAGCCCCCUCCCUACCCAAACUCCCAAAAUUUGAGCUACCCAAGGUUUCUCUCCCAAAAUUCUCCCUCCCAACGUUUAAAAUGCCAACGAUCAACAUGCCUUCACUUCCCAAACUUCCCAAACUCUCUCUACCCAAACUUCCUAAGUUCUCCCUCCCUAAACUUCCCAAGCUUCCCUCUGCCUCUCCUCCAAGCUACAAUGCUCCACAGAAACCGAGUUACAACGCUCCCCAGGCUCCUGGCUUGAAAUUCCCUGACAUAGGAAAAUUGAUCGCUGACAAGAUCGCCUUCGGAUCUGGGAUCGUCAGUUCAAAAGUUAAUGCAAUCAGCGGACUUUUCUCAGGAUUUGGCAAAGGAAACUCAUCACCCUCCUACGGAGCCCCCAAACCCUCUUAUGGAGCUCCCAAACCUUCCUAUGGAGCCCCUAAACCUUCUUAUGGAGCUCCAACACAAUCCUAUGGAGCACCAAGUAAACCAUCCUAUGACCCCCCCUCUCUAUAGUGAUCAACUUUAGUUUAGUAUCUGAAUAAAUGAAUGAAUAUGACGAAAAUGAAAACAUAAACUUAAUCUAGUCGUAAACCAGUAGUCUAUAAAAACAUUACACUGUGAAAUAUCUCCAAAUUAAAAACAAUAGAAAAAAACCAC